AUGAGGCACCCCGUGCAUGGGAUGCUGCACCUUCCUCUUCAAGAGGGCGAAGGCGGCUCUGUCACUCCUGCACCGGCAGAAAGUGGUGCUGAAUGGGUCGAGCUUGCGCCUCUGUCCGUGCGGGCGCUGAGCAUCGACGGACCCCCAGACGGCGGUACCUGCCCGUCCGCGAAAACGACAACGUGGAAAUCUUGCAGAGCCACGGAGAAUGGUCAUUGGCCCGCUGGAUGGAGACGACAGGCUGGGUGCCGUCGGUGUGCGUGGCACGCCAGCGCUGAGAGCCCCGCGGGCAGAGCCUCGUAG